AUGUCGACCCCGACGUCGUCGAGCUCGGGACAGCCAAGGAAGUCAGCUCUGAAAGGCGAGGAUGAUGGAGAUAAGACGAUCCCACCAGCCGCACCCAUAACCAAAGCUGUACAAAUUGCGGAACCACCACCGACGCCCCUGGAUGAGGCCCAAUUCAAGAAGCAAUUCCCGGCUGGCAUUGGGAGGAGGCUGAGUGGGCGGCCGCCAGUGGCGGGUGGCUCGCCGAAGUUGUCUUCCAUCAGCCACAGUAGCCUUGAGAAUCUCAGCAAUAUCGUCAGCGGUGCCUCUUCUGUCUCGGCCGCCGACGAUGCUGGCUCGGCUCAGCCCGAGCACCGGCACCGGAUCAACCGUGCCAGUGAGAGAUUCCUCGCCCAAGUAGCAGAGUGGCUCGAGCAUGAGAAAACCAAGAAGCAGAAUAGGAAAACUAAGAAGGCUUCCCCUCGCCGCAAGUCCCCGCAGUCCGGUACCACUACCGGUACCACUACCGCUACCGCUACCGAGAGCGACAGAGCGGCCAAGUUUAGACAUAACCGGGCCGGGUCCAUAGAUUCGGAAUCCAGCGAUGUCUCUUUUGAUAGGCUCCAGCGGAUCCUGGACGACAGCAUGGCCUCAUUCGGCCUCAACUCGGUUCCUCGCUUCAGCCCCAGGUUGGGACGGAGGCAUACCAAGAGAUCCAGCAAGUCGCUGAACAUGCUGAGAACUGCGUCCUCCGACACGGAGUUCUUCGACGGCGAUGCGCUGGUGCCGAGCUGCGACGCCAUCCUAGACAACUCAAAGGCCAUGAGCUAUGCCGGGGGGAAGUCGGAGGCAGACGACGGCGCGUCGUCACCCAGCAAGAGGGACGACAAUGAAAAGCCGGCCUGGAUCGGCUUCAAGAACGAGAUCAUCCGCCUCGCGCACACCCUCAAGCUCAAGGGCUGGAGACGCGUGCCACUAGACAGCGGCGAGCGCAUAUCUGUCCAGCGACUGAGCGGGGCCUUGACGAACGCGGUCUACGUGGUUUGUCCUCCUGAUAACCUGCCUCCCAGUCCCGAAGGGAAGAAGCCGCCGACCAAGGUGCUCCUGAGAUUGUAUGGCCCGAAUGUGGAUAUCGACCGGGAGAACGAACUGAGCGUUCUCCGGCGCCUCGCCAGAAAGAAGAUCGGGCCUCGCCUGCUGGGGACGUUCGUCAACGGCCGGUUCGAGCAGUUCUUCAAUUCCACGACGUUGACGCCCUUGACGAUGAAAGACCCAGAGACCUCGAAGCAGAUCGCAAAGCGUAUGCGAGAGCUGCACGACGGUAUUGAACUGCUGGACGAGGAGAGAGCCGCGGGCCCAGGGGUCUGGAAAAAUUGGGAUCGCUGGCUUGAGCAGGUGGAAAGGACGGUGAAGGUGCUCGACAAACAGGUCAUUGAAUGCACACCAGACUCCAUUCGAGGACCCGCAGAUGCGUGGAAGAGACGCGGAUUCAUCUGUGGUACCGAGUGGCAUGUCUUCAAGGCCAUGGUGGACAAGUAUCGCAAAUAUCUGGAGGAGUUAUAUGGUGGUCCGAAUAACAUCCGCGAGAGGCUGGUGUUUUCCCACAACGAUACCCAGUAUGGCAACAUCCUUCGAGUGCGCCCCGAGAACGAGAAGUCGCCGCUCCUGCAGCCGGCCAACGAGCACAAGCAGCUGAUCGUGAUCGACUUCGAGUACGCGGGCGCCAACAUGCCGGGCCUCGAGUUCGCGAACCACUUCUCCGAGUGGACGUACAACUACCACGACCCGGCGACGCCCUACGCCUGCGACCCCGCCGCCUACCCGGGCCCGGAGCAGCAGUACCGCUUCGUCAAGGCCUACGUCGACCACCGCCCCCAGCACACCCACGCCGGCGCCGCCGCCACCCCGGGCACCUGGACCCCUGCCCUGUCCGCCUCGCCCUCCAUCGUCGAGUUCAUGCUCGACGCCCGCGCCCAGGCCGUCGGCGCCGGCGGAAGCGCCGGCGGCGGUGGGGGCUGGUGGACCGAGGAGGAGGCCCGCCGCGAGGAGGCGUCGGACCGCCGCGUCGCCGAGCUCAUGGAGGAGGCGCGCCUGUGGCGGCCCGCCAACAGCGCAAUGUGGGUUGCCUGGGGCGUCGUCCAGGCGAGGGUCCCCGGGAUGGACGCCGACGACGCCGCCACCGCCGACACCGCCGCGGAUUCUUCUUCUCCUCCUCCUCCUACCGGCGUUGCACCGGAGGACGGCGAGCACGCCGACGCCGGGGGAGAAGAAGUAGAUGGCCAUGGGUUCGAUUACCUCGCCUACGCGCAAGAGCGGGCCUUCUUCUUCUGGGGCGACUGCGUGCUCGCGGGGCUGGCUAAGGCGGAGGAGUUGCCGCAGGCGCUGCGGGAGCGGAUCAAGCUGGUUAAUUAUUGA